UGCCGGGUGGAGAGCAGGGAACACCGGGGUAGGUGAACAGAGACGUGCAACCUAGAGGCUGUGAGGAGGGGGCACCGAAAAGGGGAAUCGAGCGAGCGGGGCCGGCAGCACCUUUGCAUUUGCUGGUGACAUCUGCUUGGUUCCUGUCCACUGAAAAAAAUCGCACAUCUGAGAGCUGUGAGUUCAGUUUUAUUUGGGGACUUAGCUGAGGACUCUAGCCCUGGAGACAGCUGCUCUGACAAUUCUGAGAAACUGCUUCUGCUUGGAAGAGAUCAGGAAACUGAGGCUCAGAGAGACUUAGGUAGAGUCAUGUAGUGGAGGCCUUAGCCACUUUUAAGCACCAAUCCAUCAAGCUCCUCUCAAGCCUGAUGCGCCCCGGGACCUAUUUACUGACCUUGGAGAGCUGGAGAGCUUUAGAAAAAAGUCCAUUUGAUUUAAGAGCUAUUGGAUGGAAACCGAAUACCUGAAGAGGUGCUUUGGAAAUUGCCUGGCCCAGGCACUGGCAGAGGUGGCAAAGGUUCAGCCCAGUGACCCCAUAGAGUACCUGGCUCACUGGCUUUAUCAUCACAAGAAAACGGUGAUAGCAAAAGAAAAGGAUAGGCAAGAGAAGGUCCAGCUGCAGGAAGAAUAUGAAAAUAGCCUCAAAGAAACCAGAGUGACAGAAACGCUGAUGCAAGAAGAGUGUGAGAUUCAACAGGAGUGUGAAAAGUGUCAUCCCGUGCCACUGAUAUCUGUAGCGAGUUCCACAAAGAAGACCAUGUUUAUGCAGGAGAACACAAAACCCCUUGAGAAGGAAGCCUUGAAGCAGGAAUAUCUGCCAGGAUCUUCCAGUAUGAUUCCAGGAAUGCCUCAACAGAUUCAUGCUUCAGAGCCAUCUGUCCAGGUUGACUGGAACAUUGAAACUCCACAAGACAUAAAUUACCAGGCUUUUCAGCAUGAAAUUGCUCCUGAAAUGCAUCCUGGCUCCAAAUCUCCUCCCUAGGUUAUAGAAGGUGGAUGAUUCUAAUUAUGCUUCUCUCAAAGCUGCAAGCUGAGAAGAUGGCCAGCUAGAAGAGCUCUUACUUGAAGAUGAUUAACUAUGUGGAUUAAACCAAGAUAUGAGAGGCUGUAGAAGGAGGUGUCUGCAGGGACUCUCCAGCCCAAGACCUGUCCUGAUAGCCAUGAAAACCCCUUAAUCAUGUGAAGAUUUGAACUACUUGUAGGAUAAAAUAACUCAUAAUAAGGAUUUAAAAUAAUUAACCAGGGCCUCCCUGGUGGCACAGUGGUUAAGAAUCCGCCUGCCAAUGCGGGGGACACGGGUUCGAGCCCUGGUCCAGGAAGAUCCCACAUGCCAUGGAGCAACUAAGCCUGUGCACCACAACUACUGAGCCUGUGCUCUAGGGCCCGUGUGCCACAACUUCGAGCCUGCGCUCUGGAGCCCACAAGCCACAUCUACUGAGCCCACGUGCCACAGCUACUGAAGCCCGUGUGCCAAGAGCCCAUGCUCUGCAACAAGAGAAGCCACAACAAUGAGAAGCCCGCACACCGCAACGAAGAGUAGCUCCCAUUUGCCACAACUAGAGAAAGCCCGCGCGCAGCAACGAAGACCCAACACAACCUAAAUAAAUAAAUAAAAUACAUUUAUAAAAAAAAAAAAAUAAGUAACCAACUGAUGAGACUUUUUCCUUUUGUUUUAUCAUUUUUUUGGAGACUAGACAGUGAAAACACAUCCAUCUCAUGUGUUCAUAUCUUAACUUUAGCUGAAUUUUGCAAUCCGGCCUCUUGGAGUGUUUACACAUGUCCUUAUUUUUGAAACAGCUCCAAUGACAGUAAAAGUUAAAAGUUUGACCUUUUUUUUCAAUUAUUUUCUGUCUGUAUUCAUUCAAAUAUCAUCUAUAUGCUGAUGACUUGAGAUUUAUAUCUUUAAUCAAGAUUUCCUUGAACUUGACUGCCUGUUUGACAUUUCUACUUGGAUAACCAAUGGACAUCUCAAACCUAACUACAGUUGACGCUUGAACAACACAGGGCUUAAUCCACAUAUAACUUAUAGUUGGCCAUCCAUACCCAAGGUUCCUCCAUACCCUCAGAUUCAACCAACCACUGACUGUAUAGUACUGUAGUAUUUGCUAUUGAAAAAUAUCUGCAUAUAAGUUGACCUGUGCAGUUUGAACCCAUGUUGUUCAAGGGUCAACUGCAAUCCAAAUGGAAUCCCUUAUAUCCUCCCUGAAUCAGUUUCUACCAUUUUUAAAAAUUUGCUCAGUCAAAACUCGUGCCAUCCUUGGCUCUACUCUUUUUUUGUUAGCCCUAAAUCUGGUCUGUUGGCUUUCCAUUUAAAAUAAAGACAGAAUUCAACCACUUGAAUGCCUAAGCCACAAUCAUCUUUUGCCUAAAUUAUUACAAUAGCCUGUUAAUUGAACUCCCUUCUUCUGCCCUUGACCUUUCUAGUCUAUCCUCAACAUUAAAGUCAGGAUGAUCUUGGUAAAACAUUAAGUCAGAUCAUGUCUAAUGAGCAGCUUCCCAUCUCAGUCACAGAAACAUUUAAGGCCCCUACCAUGACCUACCAGACUAUAAGAGUGAUUCCCCACCACCUUUUUACUCUCCGUAUUGUUCUCUCCAUGCCAGCUAUGCCAACCUCCUGUUCUUCAAACAUGCCAGGCAUGGUUCAAUCUCAGAACUUUUGCUUUCUCUUCUCUCCACUUGGAAAGCUCCCAUCUCCCCACACCCCUGGAUUUCUGCAGAUUCUCUUGUGGAAUUAAAGAAACCUCAGCCAAAGUUGGAGUUGGGACAGGACUGUAGGGGGGGCUCUCAUGCCCCUCCAUGCAUCACCAAUUGCUCCAAGUAGGAAGAGACAAAAUUUGCCUACAUCUCCAACUGAAGUGCCUCUACUUAACUAUCCAGCAGGGGGAAUAAAACUUCUCUCCACCCAGUGGCAGCCCAGCCAGUAAGAGACUGUAGUAGCACAACCAAUGAGAAGCCUCCAUACUUUGGACUCCCAGCUUCCUCCAAUGGACUCUUUGAUUAUCACAGCCCCUCCC